AUGCAGAGCGGCACGAACCAGCACGAGGUAGAGGAGGCGCGCGUGGCCGUCGACACUGUCGUCCAGGAGGUUAGCUCGCGCUUUCGGGACUUCCGGAAGAGGCAGCCCGCCGCCGCCGCCACCGCCGCUCACAACAAUAACAACAGCUCGCCAUCGUCGACGACACCGCCGACGAGACCGGAACGAUCGCCGCCGCUCCCCGCGGCCUUGAGAGGGAGUGUGUCCGGCGGUGGCAACGGUAGCAGUGGCGGCAGCAGCGGCGGCGACGUGGGGCCGCCGUCGCUGGCCGACGCAGAGGGGGGAGAGGCCGGGGUAUUCUCGACGAUUGCGUCCCCGCCCUUGUCGGGGUCAUCUACCGACCCGCAUUCUGCGCGCGCGGCAGGAGCAGCAGCGGUAGACGACAGCGGCACCGGCAGUAGCAACGGUGGCAGGGCAGGGGCGGGAGCGGGGGCGGCGGCGGGGGCGCGGGGCGGGCGGGGGAUCGGCAGACCAGAAGAUGCGGUCUUCCCGCGGGAGCUGGGGCGGCUGCCUCUGCAGCUGUUUCACCUGAGGAGGGGCCCGCUGCUGGGCCCCCUCCUGCAGAACUCGGACGACCCGCUGUGCCUGCGGCACCUGUUCCUUAGGGGCGCCCUGGAAGAGUGCCUGAGGAUGAUGGAGCCCUCGCUCGUGUCCUUGAAGGCUGCGGAGGCACUUGCGUGCUUGACGGCCGCUGGCAACGGCAGCGGUGGCGACAGCGGCAACACGGCCAAGGAACGUGUGCCGACGGCUUCGACGUCGGCGGCCGCGGCGGCGGCAGGCCUAUCGUUCCCAUUCUCGCGUGUCCCCGUGGAGACGCUGGCGAUGCUCGCCGACAGAGUCCUGGUGUUGGACACCCACGACCGGGUGUUCGUGUGGAGCGGGUCCGCCGUGUGCGGGCCGGAGUUCGAGGCCGUGCGAGAGGCGUGCAGAAGCUUUUUUGCCGGGGAGGCGGGCUCACGAUUUCCUUACGCUCCGGUGGUUUUCCUCAAGGACGGAACCUCUUGGUCGCGUUACCUGACGUCGAGGCUAAUCCCUUCCCACAAGGACCCCGUGGAAGAGCAGCUCAGGGGUUUUCCUAACCUGGCCGGCGUUCCCGAGGCGGAGGUGGAGCAGCUGAGGGCAAAGCUGCCCCCCACCGACGACGAGAGCUACCGCGAGUUCUUCUGGGAUGUUUGCGAUCCCAACUUCCAGUAGCGACGGGAAGAGAGAGAGAGAGAGAGACAACAGGAGCAUGUCAAUUGACAGCGCAGCUUGCCUCAGGCAAUCGUGCUUAUCCUCAAAGAUGUUAAUCGUUUAUGCUCUUUGUAGCGACAGAGAGAAAAAAGGAGAAUUGCAGAAACCGAGGAACGUGUUGGCAUGGAGUCGGCGGCGAGUUAUUCCGGUGGUUCUCGACUGUAGUAUUGUCCCUUCAGCAACGCUCGGAAGCGUGAGCCAGGCCCGAUGGCCUUGAGUUCGUUGUUGUUUUUUUGCCCGAGAAUUGGCAUGCACAACGAGGAGAGGAGUAGGUGGGGCUGGUAAGUAGUUGUUUUGGGCGUUGGUGUGUGCAUAGCGUACGGAACUCUUGAGGUCCCCCGGGUAGAUUUUGCUUCGAAGGUAUGUUACAAGAUUUGGAUGGAUGAUAACAAGGCCCCAGCCGGUGGGUAGUGCGCCCAUGCACACCAUGUGCGGCCACUUAAGGGUCUCCUUGUUUUUGCCGGAGGUAGAAGGGUUGCUUAUAUUGUUCCCUCUUCAGCGGAGCCAACAAGGACUCGGCAGGUUGCAGUGUCGGGUGGGGUUAAUAUUCUUUCGGCGCUUUACGCACCUCUGGUAACAGAGUUGGAAACCUUAAGUUGUUUCUUGAUGGUUGGGGGAUCGUGAACGACCUUGUGCGUUUAAUUCAUUUUUGUGUAAUUGCGUUUGAACACCAUAAUAUUCUUUACUAUU